UAAGAGACACUUGCUGUUGAUUGAUAUGCAAAAAGCAAGCAUAAAAAAAGUUUUUGAUAUUUUUGUUCUGUCGUUGCUGAGUGGCUUUUGGUGAUUUGAAUUAUUUUGUUGUGUAGUUUUUGUGCGUUUAAAAUAUCGUAGCUGAAAAAAUUGUUAUAAUCUCAAACAAAGUAAGCCUUAAUUGACUUAAAUUAAGAAUUUGCCUCUCAAUCAACAUGAGACAGUAAUACAUAACGUCUAACUAGUAAAUGCACGACACUACACGAUAGCAAUCAAUAGUUUUUGUAGACUGAAACUCAUACUAAUUAUUAUGUCAGUUAUACUCCGACUCUCGUUGUAACAAGUCAUAAAAGGAUCGAGUAUAGUGAAUUUUUAAAUUCAGUUAUCAGCAUCUUAAAAAUAAAUAAUAAUAAGGGCAUUUUAAGGAACUACAACAAACUCAUUAAAAUAUUAAGUUUGAUAGUGAUGAAAUUUAAAUCAAUUUCAAUAUUAAUCGUCAUUUUUGCAUUGACAAACAGUUCAAAUGCGAAAGGUGGACGAGGUGGAUUUUCUGCUCGUGGGGGUGGAUCACGUGGAGGGGGUUCUAAAAGUAGUGGCGGUGGGUGGUCUAGUUGGUUUGGUGGUGGAUCAAAACCAGCACCAGCACGUCCAUCACCUUCUUACACACAUAGUGCACCUUCACCUUCACAUAAUAUACCUUCGAACACUAAUAAUGCACCAGCUUAUGGCUGGAACGUCAAUCGAGGUGGUUCAAACACGCAAUCAAAUUCUGGCUCCAAUGUAGGAUGGAAUACAGGCAGUAAUAGCGGUGGAACUAAUACUGGAUCGAAACCGAGUAAUACAAAUUAUGGAUGGAAUGUAAACAACAACAAUGCACAGAAGCCAUCAGCUCCUGUUGGACCACCACCAGCUUAUCCAGGCAUGCAAAAUCGUCCAAUUCCUAAUAAUAAUGCACCACCAGCUUAUUCACCAAGUCAUGUGAAUCCACCAGCUUAUAAUCCUGGAUCUUACAAUGCUUACUCGCCAAGCAUUAAUAGUCGACCAGGAAGUAAUUAUGGAGGAAAUAUCCCAAGGCAAAAUACAUACAAUUCAUACUCAUCAAAUAAUGGAUAUAAUCCUGGUUAUGGAAGUACUUUUGGUAGUCAAGGUCUUCCUGGAAAUACUUAUAUCUCAAAUAAUUACUAUGGAAGUCAACGUUCAGGUGGAUCUGGAUUUUUAACUAAUGCUAUGUUCUUUGGGAUUGGUAUGCAUAGUGGAUAUGGAUGGGGACGUUCUAGUGACUCUUACAAUCGAAGACGAUGGGAUGAAGAGGAAGAUAGAAAAUGGAGAGCAACUACUCAAGCACCAUACUUUGAGAAUAAAGUUCCUGGAGAAGAUAAGAUUCUUCCUGCUAGUGCUGUCAUUGGUGCUGCAACUGCUUUUGGAUUGGUAUCACUCUUACCACUUAAUGUUCCAGCUAACAAGCCCCUCAUGUACUGCAAUAAUACAGAAUUAAUGCAAUCACAGAUCCAGAUCAAUAAUGAACACAUAUAUCAGUGCAUUAACAACACAAUUGAUAUGUCAUGUUCAAGGAAAGUUCUCGAAAAUCAAACAGAAGUCAACGAGAAUCAAACAGAAUGUGUGAACAAGAACAUGCAAUGCAACUUAAAGGAGGAUGAGAUUGCUGGAAGUGUGUAUUGCUCAAAUGGAACUUUGAUGAGUAAGAACUUAAUUUUCUGUAACUCAACAACCUUAUUAAAUGGAACUAAUGUGAAUGAGACUACGACAAUAUUAAAUUGUUAUGAAGGUCAGUUACCAGAAAGUCAAGCUGCCUUUAUUCCAACUACAACGACUACCCAAGCACCAAUAACAACUACUGAGAAGUCAUUGUCAUUUGGCGCAAAAGUUCACAUGUUUUUCCUUAGAAUUAUUGGAAAAGGUGAUGCAGCUGAAAAAGAAAUAACAACGACAACCGAAAUGCCUGAAAUGACAACUAUUAAAGAUAGUUGGGUACCGGAAGCAUUGACAAUUCCUCCAGAAACGACAACACUUGAUACGACCACAACUGAGGAUGCCUCAUUUGAAUGGAUGGAAAAAAUGUCUUUUAAGUACGAAAAUGGAACUGAUGGAAUCACUUUGAAGCCAGUCAAUAAGACACUAAUUGAAAUGCAUGAAAGAGAAUAUAAUUUAAAAAGUAGCAUGGGUUUUACAGAGAACAUUUCCUAUCCUCCAAAUUGGAUUAAAGUUACAAGAUCUUUAGAAACAACGACAGCAGCUUCUUCAUCACUAGCACCAGAUAAUACUUCAGUGAGUGCUGACAGUUCAACAACAGAGGAACCAAAGAGCAACUAAAGUUGUUAAUAUUAGAUAUAAAUGUAUAUUAAGGAUGCAGCUUUAAUUCGACAAGCUUUAACUAAGACCUUACUCAAUAUGAAUGAACAGAAGAAUCUCAAAAAUAAGUUUCAUCUUUAAAUUGAUGUGAUUGAAUUAAAUGAAAAUUUUGUGCUGAUAAUCAGUUUAUGUGUCAUAAAUAUUUUUUUGUAAGUUUGUGUGUGAGUUAUGUGUGAUCUUUAAAGUUCACUAGAUGAUAUCAAAUAUGUCAUCAUGUUUUGUAAAUUUACAAUUAAUGUGUAAAGACUAAAUGAAUAUUUAUAAUAAAGAGCA